AUGUUAACCCAAAUCCAAGUUACUAUUAUGAAUCUCCUAGAUUUAGUGAUUAAUAUAAGUUUUGUCAGCAUCGUGUCUACCUUGUUAGCAACGUACACUACUGGUAAAUUUGGGAGGACCGUAAGCUUUUACGAUCAUGCUUCGAUAUCGCAAUAUCUAUAUCUAUCAAUCGUCCUGGCAAUUGUUUACCAAUUCAGUCUCACUAUCGGUGUAGUGUCAAUACCUUCGACACUGGUCAGCGAAAUGUACGCGCCAAUUGUUAAAACUUUCGGGGUUUGUAUCGGUAGCGGCAUUUUUUAUGUAUUCGCGUUUGCCGCUAGUAAAAGUUACCAGCUUAUGGUAGGUCUGUUAACUGAAAAAUACGUAUUUUGGAUUUACGCUGUACUCGUGAUCUUUACUAGAUUAUAUACAAUCGCUGCUGUAGUUUAUGGCCGCAAUGUGUAUUUCAUCAAAUUAAAUGCUGGUUUGGUAGCAGGCUGGUCAUCACCCUACUUGGCCAAACUAAAUGCGAUAAAAUAUCCAAAUUCAGAACUCCCAUUAAGUGACAUCGAUGCUUCUUGGAUAGCAUCUCUUCCAAAUCUCGCCCGACCAUGCGGCGCAAUCUUCGGUGGAGUACUAGUGUACGUUAUUGGCACGAAACUGUCAAUGUUAUUAUCUGGAGUGGGAUUUGCACUGGGAUGGCUAUGUUUUUUCGUAAUCGAUUCAUUACCACUGGUUUAUGUAUCACGCGUUGUUUCUGGUAUUGCUGUAGGAAUGCUUUUCAGCGUAUCUCCGCUGUACAUCGGCGAAAUUGCGCAUCCUAAGAUCCGUGGAGCCUUGAUAGCCUUAACAAUGCAAGGAUUUUUAGUGGGUACUUUGUGCGGCAGUAUAAUGGGAAAAUACUUGAACAUGUGGGUGUUUGCUGCAGUAAGUCUCGCUAUAAAUAUAAUAUUCUUGAUCUCAUUCAGCGUAAUGCCCCAAACACCAUACCACUUAAUUCGUUGCCAUAAAUUAGAAGAAGCUGCUAAAUCAAUCCUGUUUUACGACAGAAAAGCUCACGUAAAAAAAGAACUUGAUACUCUCCAAGCUUUUCAGCAAGCGAAUCAAUCAACAACAUUCAAAAGUAUUUUGCAUGAGCUCAGUACACCAGUUAAUCGUAGAGCAUUGCUGAUGGUUAAUAUUAUCGCUAUACUAGCACAAGUAAGUGGUAGUAACGUAUUUUCUUCGUACAUGGAAAUUAUACUAACUAACGCCCACGUAGACAUCAUUGAACCAUCAAGUUUAGUGAUUGUUGUCAGUUUGGUAAGUAUUUUAUCCAGUUUUCUAGGAAUGUUAACCUAUGAUAAAUAUGGUAGAACCAUAAUGCUCUCUAGUUCAUCUAUGGGAGCAGCGUUUGCAAUAUUUCUGAUGGGUUUGAAUUAUCUGCUGUUGGAUCUCAAUUUUCGUAAUCCAAACUUGCAGUGGUUAUCUAUUGUUUCAAUAAUUUUAUACAAAAUUGCUGGUUCUUUCGGACUAACUGUGGUUCCUUCGGCAUUGACGAGUGAAAUUUUCGCACCCAGUAUAAAAGGUGUAGGCUCUUGUAUUAAAAGUUCACUAAUCGGAAUAUCUGCGUUUUCGGUUACCAAGUCUUAUCAACCACUAGUAAAAAUUUUGACAGAAAAAUAUUUAUUUUUCAUUUAUUCACUGCUUUUAAUUCUUUUGGCGCUGUAUAGUAUUUAUUUUAUUCCUGAAACUAAAGUAUUUUUGAUGACACUAGUCACUGGCCUAGUAGCAGGAUGGACUUCGCCAUAUAUAACUAAAUUAGAUGCAGCAACACAUCCGGAUUCAGAGCUUCCGAUAAAUGAAACCGAAGCAUCUUGGAUCGUGUCGCUGAUCAAUAUAUCCCGAACAGGAGGAUCCAUUUUAAGUGCGAUCUUCGUCUAUUCGAUAGGGACUAAAUCAACUGCAUUGGUUUCUGGAAUUCCAUUAGCCAUUGGAUGGAUAUGUUUUUUCAUCAUGAAUUCAGUGACGUUAGUCUACGUGUCCCGUAUUUUGUCUGGUAUAGGAAUAGGAAUGUAUUACAGCUCAUUUUCGUUGUAUAUUGGAGAAAUGUCGCACCCUAAAAUUCGAGGCGCAUUAGUAACUUUCAACGUCCAAGGAUUUUUGAUGGGCAACCUGUGUGGCAAUAUCAUGGGAAAAUAUUGCAAAAUGUGGCUAUUUGCUGCAGUAAGUCUUGUUUUUAAUGUAAUAUUCAUGGUAUUGUUUAGUAUGAUGCCGCACACACCACACUAUUUAAUUCGUUGUAAUAAGAUGGAUAAAGCUGUUGAAUCAAUUUCUUGGUAUAAUAGUACUGCCGACGUCACGAAUGAACUUAAAGCACUUGAACAAUUUUUGAGUGUCCAUCAAUCGCAUUCAUUCUGGGAUGAAUUUCGAGCAUUAAGUCAGCCAGUUAAUCGGAAAACUUUACUAAUGAUCAUUAUAAUUACUGUAUGCACUCAACUCGGUGGUCCAUAUGCAUUUUCUUCAUACAUGGAAAUUAUAGUGACCAAUGCAAGGCUCGACAUCAUAAAACCAUCGGAUCUCAUUAUUGGUGUCAGUGUGAUCGGAAUUGUAUCAAGUUGGUUAUCUAUCUAUACAAUUGAUAGAUGGGGUAGAACUAUUAUGCUUUUAAUUUCAAGCAUUGGAGCUGCAUUUGCAAUGUUUUUGAUAGGUUUGAAUUUUCAAUUAUUAGAUCUUGACUAUAGCGAUUCUAGAUUACAGUGGUUAUCAAUUACUGGUACAAUUAUGUAUCGAAUUAUGUCAAGUUUAGGACUACUUUCAGUACCUGCGACACUAGCUAGUGAAAUGUUCGCACCAAACGUUAAGAGUGUAAGUAGUUGUAUCAUUAAUAUAAACGUUGGGAUAUUUGCGUUCACUGCAAGUCGAAGUUAUCAGCCAUUGGUAAGCAUUUUAACCGAAAAAUAUGUAUUUUGGAUCUAUACAUUGCUUAUGAUCGUCACUGGAGUCUAUACAAUAAUUUUUAUUCCUGAAACGAAAGAUAAAACUCUUACCGAAAUACAUGAAAUGUUAUCCUCUGGAAAAAAAUUAGAGAAAGUAAAAGGAUCUAAUAAAUAUAAUGGCGUGUUUCUACUGUCGGUCAUGGUGGGUUCAAUAGCAGGAUGGACUUCACCGUAUUUGGCUAAAUUAGAUGCACAAGAGAAUCCAAAUUCAGAACUUCCAAUAGAUAAGGUCGAAGCUUCGUGGAUAGCAUCGCUAAUCAAUCUUUCUCGUCCGGCUGGUGGAAUUUUAGGAGCAUUAUUAGUUCACAUUAUCGGAACAAAAUUAUCUUCGCUAUUUGUGGGAGUACCAAUAGCUAUUGGCUGGGCGUUAUUUCUCAUAAAAAAUUCAGUGACAUUGAUUUAUGUGUCUCGAACACUUCAUGGUAUCAGUUUUGGAAUGUUUUUCAGCUGUUUUCCAUUGUAUGUCGGAGAAAUUGCACACCCCAAAAUUCGCGGUGCAUUAAUAGCUUUAGUCAUGCAAGGCCUUAUGGUAGGUAACUUAUGUGGCACAGUAAUAGGAAAAUUUGUUGAUUUAUGGAUGUUUGCAGCCAUAAUUCUUGUACCGAAUUUAAUAUUUUUAUCUUCGUUUUGCAUUAUGCCUCACACACCUCACUAUUUGAUACGGCGCAAUGAAAUUGACAAAGCAGCCAAAUCGAUUGAAUUCUACGAUCGCAACACCGACGUCAAAAACCAACUAGAAGCCCUCAAAGAAUUUAUUCAAUCAAGCAAAUCACUAACAUUCAGAGAUACGAUACGCGAACUAAAUACUCCAGUGAAUCGAAAGGCAUUAAUAAUGGUAAAUAUUGUAUUCGCAUUUUUCCAACUCAGUGGAAACUACACCGUAAAUGCUUACAUGGAAAUUUUGCUAACAAAUGCGCGCAUAAACGUUGUGGUACCUUCGGAUUUAGUAAUCAGCGGUAAUGUUUUGAGUAUCGUAUCCAGUUGGAUAUCAAUUUACACAAAUGAUAAGUACGGAAGACCUGUUAUGCUUCUGAUUUCUUCUGUCGGCGUAGGAAUCGGAAUGUUUUUAUGGGGACUUCAUUAUCAAUUGUUAGAUAUUGGUUACACUAAUCCUAAUCUACAGUGGAUAUCUAUCAUCGCGUUAGUUGUUUAUCAACUUUCAGUUCCCUUAGGUCUGAUACCAGUACCAUCUACACUGAUAAGUGAAAUGUUUGCACCAAGUGUCAAAAAUUUAAGCGCUUCAAUUAGCAGUGUGAUCUCUGGAUUAUGCGCAUUUGCUGCCAGUCGUAGUUAUCAACCUAUGGUAGACGCUCUAUCUGAAAAAUAUGUUUUUUGGAUUUAUAGUUUUCUUAUGUUCUCCUCAGGACUGUAUUCGAUUAUUUUUAUUCCUGAGACUAAAGGUAAAUCUCUAGCAGAAAUACAAGAAAUUUUAUCGCGAGAUAUUAAAGCCAAAUCAAACAAAGAAGAUAAAUCGAAUGAUGAUGAUAAUAGAGUCAUUAAAAAAAUGUAA